AUGAACAAUCAAUCUUCCUCAGCCUCUUGCUCCUCCUCGACCAGCGACAGCACCAGCAGAAUGAACAAUCAGGCUUCGUCGUCGCUUCCAGCACAAUCAUCAUUGAGACCGCUCCGAGCAGGCAUCCGCAGGUCAUUAUUGCCAAGCCGCCCACCAAUGCUCGCACCUCGUUCCCUUGAGGCUCUCGGCCUCCGAUCAUCCAACAGCAGUCUACAUCCUGAUCGUCCUGUCCGCAGCAAUCAAAGGGAUAUCCUGAACGCUGCCUUGGCUGUGAUUCAUGCCGAUGAUGACUUUUUGGCACAAUUGUCGUCAUCGUCAUCCUCAAACCCCAGAAACAAAAAGAGAAAAUUGCAAAGAGGGGGGCCUCCUCGGCAAUAA